AUGGAAAACCUACCACUUUUACCAGGUUAUAGAUUUCAAGAUCCAAGCGUAAGUCAACAAAAUACUUAUAAAUUAAUACGUGAUAGAAACGCUGGAAUUGGAGGAAGACCAAUAGAUGUUGCAUCUAGUGCAUAUGUAAAAGAAGAAGAUUCUGCACAAAUAUUUAGUUAUGAUCCAUCAUUAACGUAUGGUCGUAUAAAACAAUAUGCAUAUGGACAAUUUAUUCCAUAUUAUGUGCAUUUUGCGCAAAAAUGUCUUUGUUUUAAAGCAUUUUUUCGCCAAGGCGUAUUUAACUCUCCAGACGAACAUUUUCGUAUACGUCAUGUUAAUAUAUUAUAUUAUUUGGAAGAUGAUACUUUAUGUAUUAUUGAACCGACAGUUAAUAAUGCUGGCUUUCAGCAAGGAAAACUUGUUAGACGCAAUAAAAUUGUAAAAAAUGUAAAUGGCGAUACAUUUCAUUGGAAAGAUUUUAAUAUUGGAAUUGAUAUAUGUAUUUAUGGUGUAGUUUAUCACAUUACUGAUUGUGACUUAUUUACUAGAGAAUUUUUAAAUAGUCAAGGAAUAGAUGUUGGAGAUAAAGAAGAAUCUCCUAUAGAUCCUUAUAUAGAACUAAGAAAAAAUAAACAGAAAAUAUCAACAUGUAUUACAAAAAUUCCUGAUGAUGUUAGACGGCGGUUUUUAGAAUAUGAUAAAAUGGUAUUAUUGUUUAUUGCAACUUGGAAUAAUGAUGUUUAUCAUAUUACAUAUUUCUUGACGGACGAUACGAUAGCUGUUCGUGAAAUACAGAAACCCAAUAGUGGAAAAGAUCCUGUACCAAUGUUAUUAAAAAGAAUGAAAGUACCAAAAGAUUGGAAAAAUUUACCAUUGUCGUAUCCAGCUAUAUAUAUGGAAUACGGCGAUCCAGAAAUUACCGAAUAUUAUACACCAAAAGAUUUUUUAAUAGGAAAUACGAUUUUUAUAUUUAAUCGACGAUUUCUUUUACAUGAUUGUGAUUCUUUCACACGGAAAUAUUAUUCAGAUAUGUUAGGAAUAAUACAACCAGAAAAAAUUCCUCUUCCAACAGAAAAUGAUGUUACGAUCUUACCAGAAUAUAAAUCACCACCGCACAUAAUUUUCGGUACACCUGAAGAUACUUACGCUUCUUGUUUAUCAUUUAUACCAGAACGACCUAAAAAAGAUGUUAUUCGACAACUUGUUAAUUUUCCUAAAAAACUACGUUAUUCUAUGCAAAUGGAUGUGAUACAUCCAGAAGAUAAAAAUCGCGAUUUCAUUUUAGAAUAUAGUUUAAGUAAUGGUACAAUACUCAUACAAGAGCUUGAAAAACGUAAUUCAGGACGUCGCGAAGGUUGUUUUCUCAGAGCUACAUUGGUUCCAAAACCGAAAACUGGAAGAGAUGAUCCAGAAUAUUAUACUCCUCAAGAUUUUUAUAUUGGUGCAAAAAUUAAUAUUUUUAAUCAUUAUUUCAUCAUAACUGGUACUGAUCUCUUUGUAUAUCGUUAUAUUGAAACAAAUCCUGAAAAGUUUCCAUUAGAAGUACGAAAUAGCAUUCGUAAUUAUUUAGUCAAACAGAAUUUACUUUUUGAUGAUAUAAAAGUAGAAACCAAAAAAAUUCAAGAUAAGGAGGAUAUAAAACUACAGUCAAUAAAACCGGCUGAAGUUAGUAUUAAAAAAGAUAUUGAUAUGGAAGAAUGUGUAGAACAUUUUGAAGCUCAAACUAAAUGUAAAUAUGAAGGAGAACAUGGUGAAUUAAGACCACGUACACCACCACCAGAAGAACUCUGUCCAAAUUUAGCAACAAAACCUACACAAUUAUCUCAACAAUGUGCAAAUAUAUUUACUGAAAAUAAAAUAAAAAAGCGAAUAACAUGGGAUGAUGGGAUGGAACAAUAAUAUUAUUCCUAUCAAUAAUUACGUUCAACAUAAUAUUUUUAAUGAAUCUGCAUACUUAAUUUAUCGCAAUUGAAGAUUUUUUUUAAUCCAAAUUUUUAUAUUAAUAAAAUACAAAAUAUAAUUAUGAAAAAUAAAUAUCACAUAUAUAUUAUGUUGAAUGUAAUUAUUUAUUAUUUUUUAUUAUGUUUUGAUUACAGAAUCAAAACUAAAUUGAAUAAAUCAUAUUUUCUAGAAAAUUCAUUGUCUGUAUACAUGGUAUAGUUCAUGUGAAUAUUAAAAUUCAUAGUUCAAUUCAACAUUUAAUCAAAUACGAUCAUACAACGUAAAUACUAGUAAAUACUAAACAAUAUGAUACAUUAUCAAGUAUACUAUUUGUAUGUCUGCAUAUUAUAAUGUAAUAAUAAUAUACAGAUAUGCAGUUUGUAUACAUAUGCAUAUGAUGCACAUGUUUGUAUGCAUAUGAUUUAUUAAUCAUAAAAUAAAGUUUAGAUAAAUCUUUGGAAUCUAAACAAAAUUUAAAAAUAUUGAAAAAAAAAUUAUUUUUAAUAUUAGUAAUUUUUCAUAAAAUAGUUUUUAGUAAAUUAUUUAAUAAAAUCUUUUAAGUAUUGCUUGAUUGUGAAAUACGAAAAUUUAAUAUAGUUUAGUUUACAUUUAAUUGUUUCUAGUUAUUCAAAUAUUAAUAUGAGCAACUUAUUCCAUUUUAAAUAAACUGAAAUAAUUCAAAAACAUUGGCUAAAAAUUUUAACAUUGAUACAUUAGUUUAAUAAAAUAAUUUACUUCUGAAAUAAUAAAAUGCAUUUACUUCUGAAAUAUUCAUAAUACAGAAAUAAAAAAAAUUUUUUUCGUACGUCAUUCUCUUUUUUGUUACUACUUAAUUGUAUAUGCAAAAGUAAUUAUUUAAGUAAUAUUACUAAAUUAUAAUAAUAUAAUUCUUUUAUAAAUUUUAUACGAUUUUUUUGAAAAAAUAAAAUUAAAUGAAAAUUUUAUAUUACUAUUUUAUGAUUAUCUUGUAUAAAAUCUUAUCAUUUAUAACAUGCUUUUAAUUUGCGCAAUGAAAUAUAAUUCUUAUAAAAUUUAAAAAACAAAUUUCAUUGUUUUUUUUAUCAUUUUCUACAAAUUAAUUUCUAUGUGUAAUUAUAUGUAAAUGUAUACAUAAUCAUUAAUAAAGUAAUCAAAUCUAGAAUAAAAUUUAUUAUUUUAUGUAUUUUAGAUUACUAAAUUCAUAUUAUUUAAGCAGUUUUUUUAUAUUAAUGUUUAAUUUUCUAUAUAUAAUUUGUGAAAAAUGGUUUAAAUUUUUUCUAAUAUUACUACUAAAGGAUUUUUUUUCUAAUGGGCAUGAAAAAGUGUACAUUUUUCUUUCAAAUAUACAAAAACACAAAAUUUCUAUUUCAAUAAAAACAAAUUGAAUUUAUAAAAUAAUGAAAUCAUGACAAAAAUGUAUCAAACAUUAAAAUAAAAUAAAGUAACAGUCAAUUUUAACAAUAAGAAUCUUAUGAAAUUUUCAUAAAAUAAUACAAUAAUGAUCAUUAUUGUAUAUGUUACUAUUAUAGAAUAACUAUAAUAUUUUUUUUGUCAUAUAUAAUAUUUUAGAUCAUUUUUGCAGUCCAUGAAUAAUAUAAUGAUAUAAUAUAAUAUAAUAGGUAAUAUAUAUAUUAUAUAUUAAUAUAUUAUAUAUAAAUUUAUAUAUAUUAUAUAUAUUUAUUAUAUAUAAUAUAUAUAAUUAAUAUAUGUAAUAUAUAUAAUAUAAUAUAUAUUUAUAAUAAUAUAUAUAUUAUAUAUAUAAUUUUUGCAAUAUAGAGAUAUAGAAUAUGCAUAAAAUAAUCAGUUGACAAUAAUUUCUAUUAUUAUCCAAUGAUCAAGCAUAAUUGUUACACAUAAACUUAAAACGUCGUAAUAAGCCCUUGCACCUUUAUAACAAAGAAAGGUGAGCUCUUUCAGCCACAGGCACCAGGUUAUAUGUCCAUCAAAGUUUAAAAUGGUAAUUGAUUUAAAUGACACUUGCUUAUAAUAUUGUUCUCGCAUAGAUUUUUCAUUAUCAACAAAAGUUUAAGCAUUUUACAAGGAUUAGUCCACAUAUUACAGUUUUUUCUUCUGUUCCAUAUUUCUUUUUUUCUUUCAUUUUUAAUUUGUACGUUUAAGAAACACCUUUCGAUGAAUAGCACGCAACACCACACUAUAUGCUUACAACUCAGCAAGGUUACCCAAUAUCCCUUGAAAUUGAAUUGCAUUCCUCUUCAUAGUAGUUACGAUUAGAUAAUAUUCAUGAUGCCGACGCGACGCUAAUUAUCAUACAAGUUGAUUAUUUAACAGAAGGAAAUAGUCUCAAUAAUGAAAGUUUUGUCACAGGAAUUAGAAGCCUUUUGUGUAUCCAAGAAAGCAAAGAUAAGUAGUAAGACGAUAAUUAGUCGUAGCGUGCUUUCUUUAUGAUGAUUACUAUUAUGAACAGUAUUAUAUUUUUGUUGUAUCCAUCGCUACUGGCGUGAACCUCCUCUGCCUCUACCACGACCACCAUCUCGAUCCUAUAAUGAUAGAAUAUAUUAUUUAUCCCCCCCCCCAAAAAAGAUACAAAUUUUAUGCUAAUUAAUUUGGAACUUCAUUUCAUUUUAAAAUAUAUUGUUACUUACUUUGCGUUGAUGAUGUAAAUGCGAUUGAUGAGAAUGAUGAUCCCUUGAUAAAUCUGAAUGUCCUCUAUUUCUAUGAUUGGAAGAAUGAUGAUGUUGUAUAGCAUUUGCUGGAGCUUUACGCUGAUCUUCUUCUGCUUGUUUACGCUCAUAAUGUCCAAAAUCAUCAAAAAUACUAGUUGAAUGCCGAUAAGUAUGUAAUAUACGUAGCACUGUUACACCUUUUGCAUGAGGGACUUCCUGUGCAUCCCUUGAAUUAGUCACUGGUUUAUUCUCAUUAUUUUCUAGUCUAAUGUGACGAAGUUGCACAUUAGGAACAUCUUUAACAUAAAUCCAACGUACACGAAAUUGGCCUUUCCAUUUAUCUUGAGACCAUACAGAACUGUUGCUUUUAUAAUCAACAGGUGAUACCAUUUGUGCCAUACCACAAAAGUGACCAGAUCCAUUAACAGAAAAGAAUAAAUAUAAAGGUGCUCCUUCACGACUGGCUUCUUUAUAUGCUUGAUCCAAUCUUUUAUUACCAUGUUCAGUACUACACCAAAUCUCAUAUUUAAUGGAUCUAUGAAUAUCAUCUUCAGAAUAAGACUUGAUUACAAAAAACCUAGCUCCAGGAGCAGUUUCAUCAAAUUCUACAGGAUUAUAAUCAUUUUUUACUUUUAGUUCAUCUAAAACAGGAUGUGACUGUGAUUGUGUAAUUUGCUGUUGUUGUGGCUGUAGUUGUUGCUGCUGUUGCUGUUGCUGUUGUUGUUGUUGUUGUUGUGGAGGCAUAUGAAUCUGUGAUUGUGGUGGUGAUGGAGGUGUUGUAGGUUGUCUAUUCCAACAUGGUGGAGGAGGAGGAGGUCUUUGUCUCUGAGCCAAUGGUGGAGGUGGUGGAAUAGGAGGUUGUACCUGUGGUGGUGAAGGUGCUGUUGGAGGAGGUGCAGAUGAUUUACCUUCACCCCAUGUUCCAAUGUCCAUAUUAUGUUUUCCUGGCACAAUAGGUGGUGGUGGCAUUCCAGCCUUUUUUUUCAUUCCUUGAGAAGAUGAAAGUGGAGGAACAGGCUUUGCAGGUUGACUUGCAACACUUGCCCAUGUUAUCUUUCUAGGUUCUUUUACUUCUGACUUUAUUGAUUGAUUUGAUGAAGUUUGCUGAUCUUGCCGUGGAACUUCACCACUUCCUAGUGACAAGCCUUGCACACUUUGUUCAAUAGUCUUAAUUUCUGCAUUACUAGGUGUUGGAUAAUUUUCAUUUCCACGUGGAGCCUGAUAAUAAUCUUCAUAGCGUGUUUUUCUUGGAGUGCCCCAAGCACUAAAAUCACCAUUUCCAUGAAAGUAAUUAAAAGCAGGUUGACCAAAUGUACUAAAACCACCUCCUGCACUAGCAGAGAACAUUCCAUCCAUGCCAUAUGCGUCAUGACCUAUUUGACCUCCAUAGCCAGAAAGAAAUGCAACGGGAUCUGUUCCAUUUGACCAAGUACCAUCCCCAGCACCAAAUGUUUGAUAAGGGAAUGAAGUACCUGCAUAAUAAGGACUAUAUGGGUCACCAGUCCCAAUUGGAUAACUUGAAUGAUGUGUACUGUUGCCUCCUCUCCAUGAAUCAAA